AUGUCCAGGCUGAUCAAUUUGGAGAAUCAUUUUCAUCUUUGUGUCCUUAGUACCUACCACGGUUCUUCGCGCCUAAUGGAAUUUCAGUCCUGUGCCAUGGAAGCCUUGAAUUCCAGUGCCCGUUACUUCUUCUGCUGCCAGUGGCUCCCAUUUGUGUUCUCUCCCGUGGCAUCAGAUUCGAUGCAGAAAUGGGAUACCUGUGUACUCAUCAGCUCCUAUUCCUCCAGCUCAACCAAAGUUCUUUUAACUGUAAAAACCAAUAUGCAAAGAAAAGGAGGGGGAGAUGGAGCCAUCAAGCCCUCCUGGGCUCAGAAUAUGUGUGUGUGUGUGCACAUACACAGGUGCAUGCAGCUUUGCAAUAUAAGAUUAAACUGUACAAUGUUCUAUAAUCUCCAUUUUUCCAUUCACUAUAUUAUGAACAUCUUCCAAAUCACCAUAUAG